GUAAAGUCAAUCACAGCAGAUACCCGAAAUUUCCAUGAAGUACAGCGGAAACUCCUUGGCUACCUUCAGGUUCCAGACGCGUCGUUGCUCGUCUUAAUAACUGCAGAUCGCUCACUAGCCAAAACACAGUAGGAGAAGGGAGAACUCAACGUCUGAUUUCGAAUCUAUAUGUUUUAAUUUUGCUUCGUUUUGAGGGGAAUUUAAAACUAGGGCUCAGAUUGGAUCUUGCUUUCUAUUCAAGUAUCUUGAUUUCUUUUCUGUUUCCUACAACUUUUCUCAGCUAGCAAACACAAAACUCCUUCUAAUUUUGGGGGUUGUGGUGAGGAGAUACUGAUGGCUUUGGAGCUUGUUGGAGGGGCUGCUUUGGGAGCAGUGUUUGAGAAGUUGUUCCCAGCGGUUGUAGAUGCAAGCAAUAAGGCAACUCAGUUCGACUCCAGCCUCAAAAAACUCGAAGAGACACUCAAAUCCAUAAAUCCAAGUAUCCUAGAGAUGAAAAAGUUGAACGACCAGUUGGAUCAUCCAAAGGAGGAAUUGGAGGAAUUGGAGAAAUUGAUCCAAAUCUUAAAAGAUGGGGAGAAGCUAAUCCACAAGUGCUCCAAGGUCUCUUGCUGCAGCCACUUCAGGAAGUGGAGGUACGCCAAUAAAAUUGAGGCCUUGGAGGACUCUCUUCUUAAUUUUUUUCAGGUGGAAUUGCAAGCCAUACUUCUUAGGAGCAACAUGCAGAUGCUGGUCCUGCUCAAAUCAAAGAAAUUCAGUUUGGGUUCUUGUGAGGCUACUGAUCCGCCGGCUUUUAUGGUGGGACUAGAUGUGCCUCUCAAAGAAUUGAAGAGGUGGCUGUUUACGGAUGGGGAAUCAAGGAUUGUGGUGUCGGCUCCUGGAGGAUGUGGGAAAACCACUUUGGCUAAAAGGCUUUGUCACGACCAACAAGUCAAGGAAUAUUUUCAGCACAUUUUCUAUGUCACGGUGUCAAAAACAUUCAACCUAAUUGGCAUCAUCAAGAAACUAUUUUGGCAUAGUGAUGAACAAGUGCCGGGGUUUCAAAAUGAGGAAGAUGCAGUCAACCAAUUGGAACUAAUGCUGAAGAGGAAAGUAGAAUCUGGUCAUAUACUGUUGGUCCUAGAUGACGUUUGGUCUGGGUCGGAAUCUGUCCUAGCCAAGUUUAAGAAAAUGUCGGGAUACAAGGUUCUGGUUACAUCUAGAAAUGAAUUUCCAGAAUUUGGUUCUACAUAUCACUUGAAAUUGUUGAGUGAAGAAGAUGCCAUGACUCUUUUCCGUCACUCAGCAAUCCCUGAGGAUGGGAGCGGUUCUUCCAUGCCCAGUGAAGACCUUGUGAAUGGGAUAGUGAGGCACUGCAAGGGAUUUCCACUGGCCCUGGAAGUGGUUGGCAGAUCCCUCCAUGAGCAGCCUGUAGAGAUCUGGAGAAGCACACUGAUGAAAUUAUCUGAAGGUGAAUCCAUUGUCAAUUCUGAAGAUGAACUGAGUAAUUGUCUUCAAAGUAGCUUAGAUGCCCUUGAUGACAAGGAUAUUAUGCUGAAGGAGUGUUUUAUGGACUUGGGUUCAUUUCCUGAAGACCAAAAAAUCCCUGCCACUGCUCUUAUAGAUAUGUGGGCGGAAUUGCACAAACUAGAUAAAGGCGGCAUAUAUGCCAUUUCCAACCUUCACAAACUCUGCUCUCAGAAUCUGCUUAAUCUUGUGGUCACAAGGAAUGAUGCAAAUGAGAUUGAUUGGUGCUACAACGAUGCCUUUGUCAUGCAGCAUGAUCUUCUCAGGGAUCUAGCCAUUUAUCAGAGCGAACAGGAGCCCAUAGAAAAGAGGAAAAGACUAAUCGUGGACUUGACAGGAAACAGACUCCCCGAGUGGUGGACUAAAGAGAAGCAACCCUGAUCAAGUGCUCAUCUUGUGUCCAUCUCCACAGAUGAAAUGUUCUCCUCAAGCUGGUGUAGCAUGCAACUUCCUAAAGCUGAGGCUCUAAUACUGAACUUUAAUCAGACAGAAAAGAAAUACGAAUUGCCAGAGUUCAUGAAGCAAAUGGAUGAACUGAAGGUUCUAGUAGUAACAAAUUAUGGUUUCUGCACUGCUGAAUUGACUAAUUUUUCAGUACUUGGUUCCUUAUCCAAUCUAAAGAGAAUCAGGUUAGAGAAAGUUUCAAUUCCAACACUAUGCAAAACCAGUAUAGAAUUGAAGAAUCUGGAGAAGCUAUCCUUAGUUUUGGGAGCAGUGUUUGAGAAGUUGUUCGCGGCGGUUGUAGAUGCAAGGAAUAAGGCAACUCAGUUCGACUCCAGCCUCAAAAAACUCGAAGAGACACUCAAAUCCAUAAAUCCAAGUAUCCUAGAGGUGAAAAGUUUGAACGACCAGUUGGAUCAUCCAAAGGAGGAAUUGGAGAAGUUGAUCCAAAUCUUAAAAGAUGGGGGGAAGCUAAUCCACAAGUGCUCCAAGGUCUCUUGUUGCAGCUACUUCAAGAAGUGGAGGUACGCCAAUAAAAUUGAGGCCUUGGACGGCUCUCUUCUUAAUUUUUUUCAGGUGGAAUUGCAAGCCAUACUUCUUAGGAGCAGCACGCAGGUUCUGGUCCUGCUCAAAUCAAAUAAAUUCAGUUUGGGUUCUUGUGAGGCUACUGAUCCGCCGGCUUUUAUGGUGGGACUAGAUGUGCCUCUCAAAGAAUUGAAGAGGCAGCUGUUUACAGAUGGGGAAUCAAGGAUUGUGGUGUCGGCUCCUGGAGGAUGUGGGAAAACCACUUUGGCUAAAAGGCUUUGUCACGACCAACAAGUCAAGGAAUAUUUUCAGGGCAUUUCCUAUGUCACGGUGUCAAAAACAUACAACCUGAUUGGCAUCAUCAAGAAACUAUUUUGGCAUAAUGAUGAACAAGUGCCGUUGUUUCAAAAUGAGGAAGAUGCAGUCAACCAAUUGGAACUAAUGCUGAAGAGGAAAGUAGAAUCUGGUCGUAUACUGUUGGUCCUAGAUGAUGUUUGGUCUGGGUCGGAAUCUGUCCUAGCCAAGUUUAAGUUCCAAAUAUCGAAAUUCAAGGUUCUGAUUACAUCUAGAAAUGAAUUUCCAGAAUUUGGUUCUACAUAUCACUUGAAAUUGUUGAGUGAAGAAGAUGCCAAGACUCUUUUCCGUCACUCAGCAAUCCCUGAGGAUGGGAGCGGUUCUUCCAUGCCCAGUGAAGACCUUGUGAAUACGGAGAUAGUAAGGUGCUGCAAGGGAUUUCCACUGGCCCUGGAAGUGGUUGGCAGAUCACUCCAUGGGCAGCCUGUAGAGAUCUGGAGAAGCACACUGAUGAAAUUAUCUGAAGGUCAAUCCAUUGUCAAUUCUCAAGAUGAACUGCGUAAUUGUCUUCAAAGUAGCUUAGAUGCCCUUGAUGACAAGGAUAUCAUGCUGAAGGAGUGUUUUAUGGACUUGGGCUCAUUUCCUGAAGACCAAAAAAUCCCUGCCACUGCUCUUAUAGAUAUGUGGGCGGAAUUGCACAAACUAGAUAAAGACGGCAUUUAUGCCAUUUCCAACCUUCAGAAACUCUGCUCUCGGAAUCUGCUUAAUCUUGUGGUUACAAGGUCCUCCAGGAAUGAUGCAAAUGAGAUUGAUUGGUGCUACAACGAUGCCUUUGUCAUGCAGCAUGAUCUUCUCAGGGAUCUAGCCAUUUAUCAGAGUGAACAGGAGCCCAUAGAAAAGAGGAAAAGACUAAUCGUGGACUUGACAGGAAACAGGCUCCCCGAGUGGUGGACUAAAGAGAAGCAAACCCCGAUUAAGUGCUCGCUUGUGUCCAUCUCCACAGAUGAAAUGUUCUCCUCAAGCUGGUGUAGCAUGCAACUUCCUAAAGCUGAGGCUCUAAUACUGAACUUUAAUCAGACAGAAAAGAAAUACGAAUUGCGAGAGUUCAUGAAGCAAAUGGAUGAACUGAAGGUUCUAGUAGUAACAAAUUAUGGUUUCUGCACUGCUGAAUUGACUAAUUUUUCAGUACUUGGUUCCUUAUCCAAUCUAAAGAGAAUCAGGUUAGAGAAAGUUUCAAUUCCAACACUAUGCAAAACCAGUAUAGAAUUGAAGAAUCUGGAGAAGCUAUCCUUAGUUAUGUGUCAUAAGAUUGGUCUGGCUUUUGCAAGUAGUACCAUCCAGAUUCCAGAAAUGUUACCCAACCUUGGGGAAAUCAACAUUGAUUACUGUAAUGACUUGGUGGAAUUACCAGAAGGGUUUUGUGAUUUAAUCCAGCUGAAUAAGCUGAGCAUCAACAACUGCCAUAAGCUGUCUUCACUGCCGGAAGGAAUAGGGAAGCUUACAAAUCUGGAAGUGCUAAGGGUUAGUGCCUGUACAUUGGUGUCAAAAUUGCCAGACUCAAUGGGAAGCCUCCACAAGUUGAGGGUUCUUGAUAUAACUGGUUGUUUACUAAUAAGGAAAAUGCCGAAACAAAUAAGCGAGUUGCGUAGUCUAAGAGAGUUCCACAUGAGACGGUGCCAGCGUUUGUGCGAGCUGCCAUCAUCAGUGACGGAUCUCGUGGAUUUGAAGAGGGUAAUCUGCGAUGAAGAGACUGCCUAGUUGUGGGAAUGUUUUACGCACUUGCUCCCCGAUCUCACUCUAUUAGUGCCUGAAGAAAUUAUCAACUUGAAUUGGUUUUAAAAUACUGGUUGUUGAGAUAUUAG